GCGAUCGAGGCAUUUCAGCCAGUAACGAGUUGAAUGUGGCUCAAAACGCUUCGAUAAACGCCAGCCAGCGACGUCUAUAAUUUAAAAUCGGAGAAAAAUCACACUUGUUUGGUGUAAAAAACACAUAAAUAUUAUGAAGUACUUAGUGUCCGGAAAUUUAUAAAAUAAAUGUGUGAAAAUGUGUCAAAACAACAAGGAAUCUUAGGAAAAAUGCUGUAAAACUUGGCCAAGAUAAACUCGUUUGCACCAAUACACAUGCGUAUAUGCAUAAGUGUAGGGGCAAUAACAAAUACUCAGACUCCAAGAGCCAACAAUUAAAAGAGAAGUUAGCCAGUUGUCGUCUGGGCCGCGUUAUUGGCGAAUGAAUCAUAUUUCGGAUACGCUUAAAAAUAACACAAACCUUCCGAGGAGGGAAUAAGUGGUACCAGUGCUUAUGUAAACUGCAAUCCAGCCAGAGCGGAAAUUCCACGGAAAACACCUAAAUACUAGUGAAUAAAUAUAGUUAUAACAAUAAAAACGUCCAAUGACGGUCAGAAAAAUGCGCGCCGUUUCGGUCUCCAUUGGCGGACUUCAAAGUUUGAUACCAAGUUUUUCCUUGGUAUCAGCGGCAGAUGAAGCCACUAUGCCCUGCGGUGGAAAAAUCUGCCAUCCGGUGACUGAAUAUUGCUCCAAAGCCUCGGAGGUCUGCCAAUUAUGCACUACGAUCUGCGAUAACACAACCCACAACUACGAUGUCAGCCUGUGCGCCAGGGAUUGCUCAGGUUUUUUGACGUUUGAGCCUCUAAAGGCGGAGGUCCUUGAGAUCCAGAAAACACAGCAUCUUAUCCUUCUGCUGGUGACCGUUCUACUCGUUCUGAUCGCCCUUCGCUGUGCGUAUCAAUGCCUCCGAUGGCUGAUAGGCAACCGAUGCUUUCAGAAAUUGUUGCGUCGCCUGCAAUCCAAGGCCUAUCCUCAUCCGGCGACUGCGAAUGGAAAGGACCUCAAUGCCACUACCAUACAGAACCUAAAUGCCAUCAAUCGGCACGGCAGCGACCUUGAGCGGGCGCAAUCGCACAUCUACAGUGUGGCAGGUAAGUGUGUCGCCGAGGGUUCCGUUGUGACAAUGACGACGCCGGUGAGCACUCGCUAUCCGGCGGAAAAUAGCACCACGCCCACCACGGUUAUGACGGAGAUCGGAUAUGGAUACGAUAAUCAGGCUAUGGUCGUCACGCCGGUUACCGAGAAACCCUCAACAGCCACGGUUGCGGCCGCUUUCUAAAGCCAUAUACUUAAAAACAAACUCUUGUACUUAAAAGAGACGUCCAGCGAAAGCAAACUGUGCACCACAUUCAAACUAGUGAUACUCUGGUUAAUUAUUAGGCAAGAAGUCUUCUUUUUAUAUAUUUAGUACACAAAGCUUAAUUUAUAUAUUGUAUAUAUUUAGAUAUUUGCUUGUAUUCUCAGUUUGAAAAAACCAUUGCGGCCUAAAAUACUUAUCUACCAUUGAACUCAAUAGAAUGCACUACUUAUUUAAUGACAAUAGCCAGAGCUCAUUUGAAGAUGUUAAAAGUCGGCGGACAUGCCCACUUUACUUUAAAAAACGAUAAUAUUUCCUUUCCUCUGUGACUCUUUGGGGAUUAAAAUGGUUUACUUUGUUAAUCAGCCGGGCUUCUGAAUGAGAUUUUUUUGGUUUGCUUGGUCUUAUCAGCAUCGACGUAAAAAGGAAUGAGUAAAAUUAAUUCUGAAUUGUGCGGGCAUUUAAAAAAAAACAUCAAGAUUCCGUGGUCGCAGAACUUAGUUAUGUUCCCAAUUUUUUACCUUAAACUUGUCCAAACAUUUUCCUUAACAACAACCCAACUAUGUACAAACUGUAACUAAAAAAUCACAAUAUUAGAUCUUAUAACUUUUAAGAAAUAUAUAUUAGUUAUAUAAGUUAUAUUUGUAUAUUAAACAAUUGAUUUUGGCAAAAUGUUUAAAAAUAUAUAUAUAAUUUUUUUUUAAUUACA